CGUUGUCCUGCAGACAUGUGUCUGGUGCUUGACGGCCCUGAGGCCUGCCAGGAGGUCGUAUCAACGCUGUCCCACUGGGUUCCUUCCGCGACCUAUGUACUGCAUACUGAACUGUCUUCUAUUUCAGUGCUCAUCCGGGCUUGAAGAGUUGCUGUCGCUAUCCCGAAGCUGCGUCUGUUUCUCUCACUCAUUAUAUGUGCAGAUCUGGCUCUGCUGUCCAAGGCACCAGGCUCUGUCCUUGACACCAUCAUUCUCUUUGUGCAAUCAACCGAUGCACUUUAGACUCGGGCUCGCGGCCGAGUGGCCGAAAUCGUCCGGUAGAAUCUCAAGGUGGGGGUUAUACGUGACGGACGCCGUAGGUACUGAGCACAGGUGCCGAGUCCAUCUCGGACCUUUAUUCUUGCCCUUGUUGCGUCAGACGCGCAUACGGUUGUGUACGAUGGUUGCGCAGUCGUUUGCUGGCGAUGAGUACGGUGGGGCGGGACGUUGAUGUGGAUGUGGAUGUGGAUGUGGGUGUUAUCGUCUUGCAGAUUACUGGAGAUUGGUUUCAAGGAGUGCCGAUACGAGUAGGGGGAUGA